GUACUUGAAGGACGUGGACUUCCUUCUUAGUUUCAAUUUGAUUCAUUUUUAUUAAGUUAUUAUGAGGAGCUAGGGCAAAGUAAUCCACAUUCAAUUUAAAAGUGUUUUUAAGUUUUGCCAUUGAUCUGUCUUUUUACACUAUAGCCUAAAUAUUUCAUUAUAAUAAAUAAUUUCAUCACUGUUACAGAAGACUGCAUCCAGAGUGCAACUCUGUGACAAUAUGAGCGAGAACACAGAUUUUGAUGCUUCUGACUUGACAGAUAAAAUAAAUGGUUUGUUUCGGAAGAAAAAUAACCCUUCAAAAUCUGAUGACCUCGCAGAACAAAUCGAAUGUAUAGACAUUCCGAACGCGGACAAGGACGUUCCAGUUCCUGCCAUUCGCUUGUACAAAAGGCGUUGGAUGAUAGUGUUACUUUUCAGCGCUUACUCUCUUUGCAACGCUUUUCAAUGGAUCCAAUACUCAAUUAUAAACAAUAUUUUUAUGAAAUUCUACAAUGUGAACUCUUUUGCCGUAGACUGGUUGUCUAUGAUCUACAUGCUGACAUACAUCCCGUUAAUUUUGCCUGUUACCUGGCUUUUGGAUACAAAGGGACUGCGCUUCAUAGCGCUUGUUGCGACCGGUAUUAAUUGUAUUGGAACAUGGAUCAAAGUGGCCAGCGUCAGACCGACGCUAUUCUGGGUUACUCUACUCGGGCAGUUCGCAAGCUCUGUUUCCCAAGUGUUUAUUCUUGGAAUGCCCUCCAGAAUCGCAUCUGUUUGGUUUGGAACCGGAGAGGUGUCCACUGCCUGCUCAAUCGGAGUAUUUGGAAAUCAGUUGGGCAUUGCCAUCGGUUUCCUGGUCCCGCCCAUCCUCGUGCCGAACGUGGAGGAUAAGAAUGAGCUGGGGCGACACAUCAGCCUCAUGUUCUACAUCACCGCUGGCGUGGCAACCGUUCUCUUCAUCCUAGUGAUCAUGGUGUUCCAGGAGCAGCCUGACCUCCCCCCGACCCAGUCCCAGUUCCAGGCCAGGGGUGUCUCACCAGAGGAUUAUUCCUACAUGGCCUCCAUCAGGAGACUGCUGACCAACAAGCCCUUCAUCCUCCUCCUCAUCAGCUACGGUCUGAACGUGGGCUGCUUCUACUCUGUUUCCACCCUGCUGAACAGGAUGAUCAUCGAGCACUAUCCUGGUGAAGAGAUCAAUGCCGGGAGAAUCGGCCUGACCAUCGUCGUUGCUGGCAUGGUGGGAUCCCUCAUUUGUGGAAUCUGGUUGGACAAAACCAAAACCUACAAACAGACCACCUUGGCGUUCUACAUUCUGUCUCUGGUUGGGAUGGUGGUCUACGCCCUCACCCUCAACCUGGGCCAGCUGUGGGUGGUGUUCGUCACCUCAGGGGCUCUGGGAUUCUUCAUGACAGGUUAUCUGCCUCUGGGCUUUGAGUUUGCUGUGGAACUCACAUUCCCAGAGUCGGAGGGCACCUCAUCAGGUCUGCUCAACGGCUCAGCGCAGGUGUUUGGCAUGAUUUUCACGAUCGGUCAAGGGACAAUCAUAGACCACUAUGGGACACUAGCAGGCAACAUCUUCCUCGGUGUCUUCCUCCUCUUAGGGAGCAUCAUGACAGUGUUUAUCAAGUCUGACCUGCGAAGACAAAGGGCCAACCAGCUGACUGGAACACAGGUGCCUGCAGGCUCUCCAGUGCAGCACUACGGAGCCACAAGGGUCUGGCUGUCCCACCCUGCAGAAGGAGAGGUUUUGACCCUAACCCAUAACAUCACUAAACCCACUCAGCUCUGCCUAGGUAACCCCAGCAUGCACAGACACAGGGGUGCUGUCAUGUAACCCUUAAACACAAUAAUAGUUUAUUUUGAUUUGUCCCUCACUCUGGUCUUGACACAUAAAUAAAACAUGUCUUAACAUAAACAUCAGACUUUGUGCUGUGAUAAUCUAAGUUACUCGUGCAAAUCUUCUGUGAUAACUUUAACAAGAUGUUUUAUGAGGUUUUAAAAUAUUAUCCGGGAUUAAUCUGAAUCAGUGAAACCACUGCAUUCCACUCCCAGUCUGUAGGAAAGGUCAGUGGCUCCUGCUGUUUCUCCUGAGAACUGGGUGCAGAGUGAGAUAAGCCUCAAGCUGAUUACAGGGAACAUUAUGAAACACACAGCUGAGCUUUUAAAGGAAAUAUGUGUUCAAAGCACUUUUCUGAUCAGUAGAAACCAAACCAAAUUGCUUCACACACACUGUGCAUAAUUUAACCAUUAUUGCUUCAUUUAAUCACUCUUCAUGAAACUUGCAGGAGGUUAGGAAAAAUUAUAAAUAUGCAACUUUGGUUUGAUACUAACGGAUUUUAUGUUGCUCAGAAAAUGUAUUUCUUUCAUCAAAUGAUAUUGUCUGACUGUCCUCCAGGGUGACAGAGCAACUGUUACAGCAUCCAGGACAAUAUAACGAAGUUUGACUUGGUAGUAUCUGUUCGUUCCUGCCUAGCCAACCCAUGCUUAUUUUGUAAAAGUUUGUGAUUUGUCUUUAUCUUUAUCUUGUUUCCACAGAAAUAGGUAGCUAACCAGGAGGGAGACGGCUCACACACAAGCCUUGAAGAGAUCAGGGUGCAAGUCGGUCGUCCAACUGGAAAACUCUGAGAUGAGCCAAUUUUAUUUUGGUAUGCAAAAAACACACCUCUUACGCACACGCAAAGAAAAGCUGUGCUUAAAAUGUGAACUUCACUGGUAUUAAGUGGGAAUAUUAGAGUUUAAGGCCAAGUCAGAGAUUAAUACUUGAAAGAACCAUGGUGUUGGAGUGACAUCUACCACCAACGCUUCAAUUCACAAUCCUUAACAGCACUUUUAGUAAAGUCAUGCUCUGCAGAGAGAGAUAAAAAAACAUACAUUUAGUCAUUUAGCAGACGCUCUU